UAUUUCAUAUCAUAAGGACUGCCAUAUAGAUCUAAACUAUCAAUUCCAUUAGUUAGUAAAUUAGGAUUGUGUGGGUAAGAAUUCACUAUGUUACAUUGUUAUCUUCUUUUAUUUAAACACUACACAAAUAUGUAUUAAUAUAUAUGUUGUCGCUCUAAAAUACCUAAUUAACAAGGCUCGCAACCUUUUGUGUUCUAAUCAAAGAGUGCUGAUAGGUCAAUUAUUCAAAGUCUCUUGAAUAAAGAGUUCAGAAACAGUACAAAAUGUAACUGUAUACUAUUAAUAAUAUUUUAGUCAACAGAUCCUGCUGUGGCCAUCUUCCUUUGCUUUGUGAAUUCAAUGAAUGGCUUCCAUUCUUCUUGGAAGUUUCUGUGUAUUUGUUUGUUGUACAGCUAAAGUUAGUUUGUCCUAUUUGGCCAUUUCAAAACCUUUUGUAAUCCAGUUUUCUGGUGUUGGCAUGUCUUGUUGUUUCCAUAGUUUUGCGUAUUCAGUUCUUGCUUCUGUUGUCAUAUAAAGAAAGAGUCUUUCUUGAUGUUUCCCAGUAGAAAAAGUUAUGGUUUUAAUGGGAUUUUGUACUCUAGAAUAGUUUCCAUGUCUCUGUGGAUUUUUAUUCAGAAUUCGUUAGAAUUUGGGCAAGUCCCAACAUAUCAUGUGUGUGUGUGUAUUUGAGAGUUUUUCUGGAGUUAUGUACCAUCUAUGUAUCAUUUUGUUGAAAUUUUAUUUAAUUGUGUGACUCCUUGUAAAUUUUAGUCAUUUUUACCAGAGCUCUUCCCAUUCUCGUGGACUUAUUGCUCAGCCUAGACUUUUCACCCACUGAAUCAUAGGUUUUUUAAUUUCUUCAUCAAUUGUAAAAUCUUUCAGAGGAAAUUGAUGCAGCUUCCCAGCUGGCUUGUUUUUUGUCUGUAGCAGUUGGUUCUGCUUACAAUAUGAAACACAUAUAUCAAACAACUACAAUCACAUUUCAAAAUUCCAUUUAAAUUAAAUUACAUUCAAACCUUUAUAAAUAAACAUUUCAAGUCCAAACGCGGUCUGUCAUUAUACCUUGGAUCAUAUAGUUGUCAUUUCUGCUGCUACUAUUGCUCAAAAGCCUGGUCCCACAACCUUUCUGCCUUUCUUUCACAGAGGAAAUGUGAUUUUUGGCUGAGAAUUUCGGAGUAGAGCCUGUGGAGGGAUUUCUUUCCCUUGAAAGAAAGAAGAGGGAGGAAAAACAUCUUGGAUACGGUUGGGUUCUUCACCAGAGUGGUUCCAACAUGGAGAGACCCAACUCACGUGGGCCUGAAGCAGGACCUGGGGGCAGUGGGGAAUCCUGGGAAAGAACCAGACAUGAGUCCCUGAGUGUGGACCUUGACAGCUCGGACACACAGCGCCAGCGCUUCAGGCAGUCCUCCUACCAAGAGGGUGAAGGACCCAGAGGGGUUUGCAGUCGUCUCCACGAUCUGUGCCGCCAGUGGCUGAAGCCAGAGCAGCACACCAAGGCCGAGGUGCUGGACCUGGUGACCCUGGAGCAGUUCCUGAGCAUCCUGCCCCCAGAGAUGGGGAGCUGGGUCCGAGAGUGUGGGGCAGAGACCUGUUCCCAGGCGGUGGCCCUGGCGGAAGGCUUCCUCCUGAGUCGGGCCGAGGACAAGGAGCAGGAAGGACAGGCCCCUAAUAAUAACUCCAUGGAAGUCCCUGCACCAGAGGAAUCUCCACCAGACACCACCCAGAGUCUCAGGCAGAAGGAGCUGAAGCGGGAAGGAGACGGGGCUGCCGCCUUGCAGGGUGAGAAGGAACUCUUCUGGGAGUUUUGGGGUUUCAUGCUUUAGGGGGAUGAUAAAUAAAUUAAAUUAUUGUUGGACUUUUUGUUGUUGUUAUAUGUACGCAUUGGGUUGCUAACAGUGUGAUUUCAGUUUGAUUUGUAGUUUUCUUUCAUGCAAUAGGACUGAAAAUGGAGCCUUCAGUGUCUUCCCAGGUGGGACCCUAAGCGAAGAUGAGUCUUGAAACUGAGCUGGAAGACAAACAGACAGCAAAGAAUCACUUUAGUCAAUUGAAACACCAAGCCCAGUGCUAGUUUCAGUUGAACAUUCUCACAGCACUGCUUGCGAGAUAAAGUCCUAAACCCUCACAUUGUACAUCUUCUUGGGCUGUUGAAUGCGCCUGUGUUCUUAGGGCCGUUUCCUCAUCGGUCUCUUUAUAGGACUGCAAUGGUCACAUCUGAGGCCUGUUUCUGUGACCAGCUUUCCACCCCUUGCUCUCUCUCCAGGGUCUGGAAUGAUGCUGUUGCCGAAUCCUCAGUCGUUUCUCCCCCUUUGCGAUGGAGUGGGACUGAGUCAGGUAAGCAGAAGGAUUCCUGGGAGA